AUGGGCAGCAAAACAACAUCAACGGCGCCGGCGCUCUAUGUCGACGAAGACUGCAACUUCUCCGUCAUCCGCAAUCUUCCCAUCCCCGACCCCGUAGAUGGCGAGGUCCUCGUCAAGGUUCUCUACUCUGGCGUAAACCCCGCCGACGUCAAACACGCACCAUACAUCGGCGUCCGCGCAGUGACCCUCGGCUACGACUUUUGCGGCCGAGUCGUCCGGGCCGCCGGAGAAAAUGCGUCGUCCGCCUUCAAGCCGGACGACCUGGUGGCCGGCUACGUACCCACCGGCAUGGGCAAACCAAUGAGACACGGCGCGCAUCAGGAGUACCUGAGCUGUCCGGAAGACAUGCUCUUCAAGGUUCCGGAUAACCUGCCCAAGACGCACGCCGCGAGUCUCACGGUGGUGCUGACCACAGCCGCCGACGGGCUGUACAAUAUCUUUGGAUACCCUCUCCCUGGGGAGAAGGCAAAGGAAGGGUUCAAGGAUGGUCCGCUACUUAUUUGGGGCGCAUCCGCCAGCGUUGGACUUUGCAUGCUGCAAUUAGCGCGGGAGAGCGGUGCGAGCCCCAUUUUCGUCACCGCGUCGCCCGGGCGGCAUGAGAUGCUCACUAAGAUGGGGGCGACGCGCUGCUUCGAUUAUAACGCUCCAGACGUGAUUUCUCAGAUCAAGAAGGCGGCGGAGGAGGCUGGCGCGGGGCCGAUUCGCUACGCGGCCGAUUGUGCGGGUUCAAGGGGUGAGGUCACCUCGGCAUCACAGACGGAGGCUUGUGUUGAUGAGAAUGCUAUUAUUCUGUCUGUCGUGGCGAAGCCGGGUGGGAGAAUCAAGAUGCCGCUGGCAUCGGCGAAUACAGAAAUCACACUACAGCUGGGCGAUGGUCCCCUUAUCACGAUCCCUCCGCGGCUGGAGGAUUGGGGCAGGAUGUGGAAGGCGUUGAUGUGGUCUGUUGAGAAUUACGGCACCGAGUUCUCGAUUCCUGUGGUGGAUGUUUUCAAGGGAACGGCGGAGGAUGCGCUGGAGGAGGUGAAGAAGGUUGCUGACCAGGGCAAGUUUGGUAAGCUUGUACUGGAGCAUCCUUUGCUUUAA